AUGGACGAGUCAAGGCAGUCGAUCCAAGCCAGCCGCCUGAUGGCGCAGGUGCAUGAAGAGCUAAUGAAAACUGUUGGUCGUGUGGAUCAGAUCCAGGAACAGAACAGUAAACGCCUGGAGGAGAUCUCAAAGCUUGACACUGAAAUUACCGGCUUGUACGCUCGUUGUGCGGUCUCGGAGCAAAGAUUGGCCGAGACCUUCGAGCAAAAGAGGCAAGCAGAGCAACUUCGAGAGCAGCAGAAGGCCACAGAUGAAGCUAAGCUUUCGAAACUUCGAGAAUCGUUGCUCGAAAAGCAGGAGGCCUUACAACAAGUCGUCAUUCCAGAGGUGAAACACAUUGAAGCUAAGACAGAUGCAAAGGCCAGACUGUCUGAGAUGCGGGCCCUGGAGUCCAAAGAAAGCGCCCAAAAGUCACUGGCGGAAACUGCCAGGCAACGCAUGGAGAAUCUCAAUGAUGAGAUCUACAGGGAACGGCAACGACAUCAGGACUUGCAUCGAGCACUUCGAAAGGCAGCGGAAGAUCGACAAAGCACUUUGGAAAAUCAGAAAGCGCUGAAGGUUGCGAUACAGCAGAAAGGUGCAGACCCUUCUGCUGAUGCAGGUGAGGUAGAGAAAGAAGCGGAGAUUGAAACUCAGCAAAUCAGGAGUGAGCUGGCCUCGAUUGAGGAGAAAUGCCAACAACUUCGCAAGAAGCUGAAAGACGUGGCAAAACAUGGUGAUGAGGAAGUGGAUAAACUUGAGCUGACACUUCAGAACGCUCGCGACGAUUUGGAAAGGAGUUUUACCCAAGCAGCAGAUGUACAACGAGCAGAGGUCACCACCAUUGAGAACAAGGUGAAGGCUGAACGGCAAAGACUCAACAUCGAGGUUCGCAUGGCCAUGGGACUCAACUGCCACCUGGAGUUUGGAACACAAAGGCAGCGAUGUAGCGAUGUAGCAUAG